UGAGAAUGGCGUAUAUUCGAAAUUUUCUGAAUUCCCCCAAUGACUGGACCCGACUUAAUGAAAAUAUCAAUGGAAUAAAGCCACUGAAUAGCUGCUUUUAUUUCUUCAGCUUGAAAACGGGCUGCACUUUGAUUGCCGGAUUCGAAGCAUUGGUAAAUGUGCUCCAAGUGUGCAGCAUUUACUUGUCGGAAAUGGAGGUCAAGACCAAAAUCACAACUACGGAGUCACCGGAUUCGAUGUUGGUCACUAGGGAACCGGAUGGAGAUAUGCUGGGACCUAACAUUAGGACGCCUAUGUUUGAACCUAACCUGUACUUCCAAAAAGCACUAAUCUCGUUGACUAUCUUCAGAUCCUUGCUACUUAUUGUAGGUGCAGAAUGGAGUCACAUAUCCUGUCUCGUCCUUUGGAUUUGCAUUACGGUUAUAACCUUGUUAAUUAACACUUGUAAUAAUAUCAUGCAAGAUGACGAGCUGCUGACUAUUCUUUUUUCCACCAUUUCAUUUUUUCUCGAAAUCUAUUUCUGCGCAGUGGUUGCCUCCUUGGUUUCGAAAUUGCAGCAAAAAUUUCGUCGUAACGUGCAGGAAUCGGAAGUGCUGUUCACACGAAUCGAGGAAGUUUAAUUAAAUGCAAGAUAAUUGAAUUAUACUUUUAAAUUUUCAAGCUCCUACUUAAAAUUAUUUAAUUUUUACUUGGGUUGUUGCAUUCCCAAAUUGAAAAAGCAUGUACUCAUAAUAAUUUGGAAUAAAUACGCAAUACACUGCA